AAAUAUCUCUGCAAGUGGAAAACAUCUCAGAAACGUUGUGGUGCGAUUCGUGCCAAGGGAAGGGAAGCGAAGAUCUUCGACAUGGCCGAUGCGGGUCCAAGGAAAAGCUACACCCUCCUGACUGCAGGAACGCCAAACGGAUGGAAGCCAUCGAUCACACUGGAGGAGCUGGGAAGCUCUUACGAUGUGAAGAAGAUCAGUCUUUCUGACAAUGAGCAAAAGCAGGACUGGUUUCUGAAGAUCAAUCCCAACGGAAGGAUUCCCGCCCUUGUGGAUCAUACCUGCGGUGACCUGCCCAUCUUUGAGAGUGGGGCCAUCAUGUGGUGGCUGGCGUCGCGCGAUCCAGAAGGAAAGCUUUUCCCAAAGGAUCCCAGCAAGCAGGCCGAAGUCAUGUCCUGGCUCAUGUUUCAGAUGGGCGGACUGGGCCCAAUGCAGGGCCAAGCCAAUCACUUCCUCCGGUAUGCGCCUGUCAAGAUCGAGUACGGCAUCAAUCGCUACGUGAACGAGACAAACAGGCUCUACCAGGUCCUUGACGACCAUCUGAAAGAUCAUGAGUGGCUGGCUGCUGACCAGUACACCAUUGCUGACAUCGCCAACUUCACCUGGGUCUUCAUCCACACAUGGUCAGGAGUCUCUUUGGAUGACAAGCCCCAUCUCAAGGCCUGGUUUGAGAAGAUUGAGGCGCGCCCCGCAGUCCAAAGGGGGUUGGACAUUCCAGAGGCCAACAAGUUCAAGAGCAUGACGGAAGAGGAAGCGCAAAAGGCAGUCGAGGAGGUGCAGAAGUUCAUGGGCAGCACAGCUGCCCCUGCCACACAGAAGUGAGGGGCACGUUGGCAGUUAUGCACCAAUUGUACUGCAGUACUCUGGGUCAUUACAGGGAUCAUGCUGGUUGCGCGGCUUCAAGGUUGGACCUGCUCAGAGCAACUGAGGUCCUGCAGGGCCCAGCUGCAAUGUGUGUUCUAUCCUCUGGCAGGAUCAUAUUGACCUCACAGCCUUUGCUCCUGCCGCACAAUCACUGCCAAUGAGCAGUGAUGCGGCCCGCGGCCGACUCCGGGAAUUGCAGCUGAAGAAUACUAAUGGAAAGUUAAAUGCGGUGUGCUACCCCAAUGUCCCUGUCUUUUAGAGCUCCAGGGAAGGGGAACUCUUGAAAAUUAUUGAGACAGUU